AUAAAAAGGCUACUUUGUUUGGCCUUUUGGUGCGUACUACUUGGGCUUAUGCUCUCUUCUUUUGGGUCGUUUCUUAGAAGGAAACACUUUUUCAAUUUUCCAUCGUCACCUUCAGCUGCUAGCUACCAAAUUCUCCCUUCCCCCUCUCUUCCUUCACCUUUCAACUUCUUAAACCCUCAACACCGUCUUCUUGUACUCUACCUACUCGUGGGUCUAUACUCUAGGUUCGCUUUAUCCUCCAGUCCUCUGUGACCCAGAAAGAAGCUAAAUACACAGCAGACAAUACAGGUCUCGUGGGACAGAGAUGGCACUAGACGCAGUGGUUUAUCCCCAAGACCCUUUUAGUUAUGGCUACAGGGAUUGUUACUCCUUCCCAAUUGGCGGAGCUUGGUGCUGCGAUUUUGAUUUACAAGAAGAAGAAAAUGCUUUUCUUGGGAUUCAUGAAAACAGCAAGAGUAAUUUAGAGCAACAUGGUGAUCUCCAUGCAAAUUGGGAUUCUUCAUCUCCUUCUGUAAUGAAACAACCAAAAGAUCAAUGGGAUCCUAAUUCUUCACCUGAGACUUGCACUGUUGAUCAAUAUAUCACUCCUCCUCCUGGAGUAUUCCAUUCAAUGGUUCCACCGCCGCCUACCACGGCUGGCCGGCGAAAGCGAAGGCGCACCAAGAGCACCAAGAAUAAGGAAGAAAUAGAGAACCAGAGGAUGACUCACAUUGCAGUUGAACGCAACCGCAGGAAACAGAUGAAUGAGUAUCUUGCUGUACUCAGGUCUCUGAUGCCUCCUUCCUAUGUUCAGAGGGGUGACCAAGCAUCUAUAGUUGGAGGUGCUAUUAAUUUUGUGAAGGAGCUAGAGCAGCUCUUGCUGACAAUGGAGGCCCACAAAAAGACCAAGCAGCAACCAGCUGAUGUCAGUGGCUUCUCUUCAUCACCAUUUGCUGAGUUCUUCGCCUUCCCACAGUACUCAACACGAGCUCUGGCCACUGGAGAGGAAUCUAUAGCUGAUCAAAAUCAGUGGUCUGUGGCAGACAUAGAAGUGACCAUGGUGGAGAGCCAUGCCAAUCUUAAAAUACUUUCAAAGAAAAAACCCAGACAGCUCUUGAAGAUGGUGGCAGGUCUGCAAGCCUUAAGGCUCAGUGUUCUCCACCUAAAUGUCACCACUGUUGAUCAAUUGGUUCUCUACUCAGUUAGUGUUAAGGUGGAGGAAGGUUGCUACCUUAAUACAGUGGAUGAGAUUGCAGCUGCUGUUAAUCAAAUGCUACACAGGAUUCAUGAAGAGGAAGCUGUUUUCAGCUAAAAUUAAUUUGUAACCCUAAUUGGGUUUUUCUUCUGUAAUUGGAGUUGUUAAUAUAAAAAUCCUUUUCUUGCCUUAA